UGACACCUUUUCUGGAAGACAGGUGUAACUUACACCUGUUAUUGUGAAACUCAGGAGAAUCUGGAGCCGUGUGACGAAGUUAACAGGUCGAAGAGAACGGGCAAUUCACAGGAGUUCAGUAGAAACUCUACAGAACAUUGGGUUUGAAUCUAAAUCAGCCAUGGCAAAUUUCAAAGGGCAUGCUCUACCAGGCAGCUUCUUCCUACUCUUCGGGCUGUGGUGGUCAGCAAAGUAUCCAUUCAAAUUCUUAAUGAAGAAGACCAAGUCAUCCAAAUGGUGCUUCGAGCGAGUGGAACUUGCUGAGGGGAUAGUCAAAGUUGUUUUCUCAUUGGUGGGAAUUCUGGCUGAGCAAUUUGUUCCUGAUGGGCCCCACCUACACCUAUUGAGUGAGGACAGAGAAUCCUGGGUCAAACUGAUGAACUGGCAGCACAGCACCAUGUACCUGUUCUUUGGCAUCUCCGGGAUUGUAGACAUCUUCACAUACUCCUCACUCAGGAUCCCCAUUGGCUUCGAUCGCUUGGUCCUUUCACUGGCAGUAUUUAAUGAAGGUUUCCUAUUUUAUUUCCAUGUCCAAAAUCGGCCUCCCCUCGACCAGCACAUCCACUCACUUCUGCUCACCACUGUGUUUGGAGGGUCCUUAAUCAUAAUGCUGGAGGUUUUCCUGCGGGAUAACUUAGCCCUGGAGCUGUUCCGAACGAGUCUGGCAAUCCUACAGGGGACCUGGUUCUGGCAGAUUGCCUUUGUCUUGUACCCUCCCAGCGGUGGACCCAAGUGGAAUGAAAAUGACCACGAAAACAUCAUGUUCAUAACCCUGUGCUUCAGCUGGCAUUUUGCAGUUGCCCUGAGUAUCGUGGCUGUCAAUUAUACCCUAAUGUACUGGCUCAUACAGAUAAGAUCAAAGAAAUCUGGUGCAAUGGAGUUGGGGCCAUUGAAAAGUGCAGAGAUGAACUCACAUGUCCACCUGCUGCAGAGCGGUGAUGAAGACUGAAGACCCUGAGUGAGAAGCAGCCCCCCAUACAUUCCUCAAUCCCUGUUGAGAAGCUGAUGAUUUCUGUCCAAAUAUUUUUAACUGUAAACUUUUUAAAAAAUAUUUUUGCUUUAUUCUUUAACUUCUGCUGAUUCACUUAUUACUCUGGGGGAGGGAGUGGGACUGAGCUGAGAUAUCUCACAGUCACAUGGCGCUGAUCCACUGGGAACUGGUGUACAGGAACAGAGCAGAUCUUGGAAGACCGGCUGACAACAUUGUAUCUCCGUAACUUUCUGGGUUAAAUGCAAGGAGUUUGUAGCUGGUUUUAAAACCACCCAGGAGACCACCUGAAUCUCGAGCUUUAUUCCAUAAGGUCAGACUGUGUGAUGGUCCCAUCUUUGCCCAAUAGACCUGUCUCCCAUCUUCAUAAAAAUUGAAACAUUUCCCUUGCUUCUGAAUGAAAAAAAUCUUUUUUUAAUUUAAAAUUUGCAUGAACCCUGAGCUGUAUGUGAGGUUUCACUGGCAGGUACAGCAACCAGAAUCCUAUCAGAAGUAUUCCAUUUGUCCUGUGCUAGUAUCCCUAUCUUUGUGUCAGUUCGCUCUCUCUAAUGGUAUUUUAUUUAUUUCAGUGUUUUAUGACUUGGUUAAACUCCAGUGUGUGGGUGGUGUUAUGUAAACUACAUUAUGUGAACCCUCUCACCUUUUGAAGUGUACCUAAGGUUUCUUUAGUGCUUUCUUUCGGAAUCUGGCUGAAAAUUGACAGAAUGAUCAAUGUUUUCAAAGAAACACCCCAGCUAUCAAUAAAUGGGUAAAUAAACUCUAGUAAUAAUCUGAGAUGGUAAUUUACACCUUCGUCUUUCUCCAGUCCCCUACCCGCAAACCCUGCCCCAAACAUUACUGGUCUGAAAAUGUCACUGCUGCUUUUGCUGCAUUUUUGAACCUUCUACUUGUUUUUUUUUUUCAAUUACACUAUUGAAUAUCCAUGGAAUCACCAUGGAUACGCAGGAGCUGGAUCUGCCCAAAAACUUCCUGACUGUAGCCAGGAGGUUUCAGUCAGAGAAAGCAACAAGACGAGGUUCAGCUGUGCUACAGUCAGCUUUCAGCAAACCCAACAUCAAAAUUUGCCAGUCUAAAGUUUUUUAAAAUGAGGUUUUGAGUUGAUAUUCCAUCCCUGAUAUCCUGGUGACCCUGCACUUGUACAAAUUCCUUCCUCCUCGCUUGCACACCUCCAUCACAUUCAACUGACCUACACACUUUAAUUCUGAUAUUCCAGAUAAGCCUAUUGUUGAUGCCUUGCCACCCCCAUUCCACCAAGUCCUACGACCAAUAUGUUUUCUAUUUCUACAAAUCGUGUGAUUCAUUCUCAGGAAAAAGUAGGAAAGUUAAGUUACCUUAACGCUCAUGUGAGUGUGUCAUUAUUAAAGUGCAGUGUAAUGUGA